AUGUCGGUUGUAGGUUGUGGCAGCUCUUUGUUAUUUUGGUCAAACACUUCUCAUGCACAUGGCCAUCAGAAUUUCAAUAACCCCAUGUCAAGAACAUCGGAGACGCCAAUAGCUCAAAAUAAUUACUAUGAUUUGCUUGGAGUUUCUGUUGAUUCAAAUACCCCUGAAAUCAAGGAAGCUUACAGGAAGCUGCAAAAGAAGUAUCAUCCGGAUAUUUUUGGCCAAAAGGGUCAUGAGUAUACUCUAAUGCUAAAUAAGGCUUAUGAAGUGCUGAUGACAGAAGAUCUUAGAAGAAAAUAUGAUGAAUCCAUAGGUCAGAUGAGGCUGAGAUUUGGGGAAAAUAACACUCCCUUGGGUUACAGCACUUGGAAAGGACCUUUAAGGUCACAAGCCUUAUUUGUUGACGAAAAUGCAUGCAUAGGUACACUGUACAAAACAGUUUCUCAUGAUUCAUCAAAUGUUAAUUAA